AUGUCUGCGGUCCCGACAGAGAUCAUUGCGGCACGAUUUCUACUGGAAGCCUUGGAGGACCUAGACACAAGCCUGCGGAAACUACACUCGAGGCUAUUCGUAGUACGAGGCCAGCCCACAGAUGUCUUUCCAAGACUUUUCAAGGAGUGGAAUGUCACCCGGCUGACCUUCGAGUACGACUCAGAGCCCUAUGGGACGGAGCGCGACACCAACAUCCUGAAGAUGGCGCAGGACUUUGGCGUGGAGACCCGCGUCAGAAAUUCCCACACACUCUACAAACUGGCCAGGAUCAUUGAGAUGAACAACGACAUGCCCCCGCUGACCUUCAAGCGUUUCCAGGCCAUCGUCCAGCGGCUGGAGCUGCCCAAGAAGCCCCUCCCCACUGUCACCCGACAACAGAUGGACUGCUGCCAGACAGGUAUCGCGGCCAGUUACGAUGAGCGUUACAGAGUGCCCUCCCUCGAUGAACUAGGUUUUAAGAAUCACGGCUUGGGUCCUGCUGCGUGGAGGGGCGGGGAGACUGAGGCACUGGAGAGACUGAACAAUCAUAUGGACAAAAAG